GAUGCCCAUUUGGAUAAAGCCACCUAUCAAAAAAUGUAUCGGCAGUCAUUGGCACAGCCAGAGCAGUUCUGGAGUGAGCAAGCGGAGCAGUUUUUACAGUGGCAUCAACCGUGGCAGCAUGUUUGCGAGGCAGAUUUACCUAAGGGUGAGGCCAGUUGGUUUGGUGGCGGUAAGCUCAAUGUUACUAGCAAUUGUAUUGACCGUCAUUUAAACGAGCGGGGCGAUCAGACUGCUAUUAUUUGGGAAGGAGAUAACCCCGAAGACAGCAAACACAUCACUUAUCUAGAAUUGCAUCAGCAGGUGUGCCGUCUCGCCAAUGUGCUGAAACAGCGCGGCGUGGAAAAGGGCGACCGAGUUUGUAUUUAUAUGCCGAUGAUUCCAGAAGCGGCUUACGCUAUGUUGGCUUGCGCUCGUAUUGGCGCUGUUCACUCAGUGGUUUUUGGCGGUUUUUCUCCAGAGGCGCUUAAAGAUCGCAUUUUAGAUUCCGACUGUCGUCUGGUUAUCACUGCCGACGAAGGCGUGCGCUGUGGCAAAGCCAUUCCACUGAAAGCUAAUACCGAUGUGGCGCUGGCCAACUGCCCUAAUGUUCACAGUUGUGUGGUGGUGCGCCGUACGGGUGGCGACAUUAACUGGAGCGAUGACCGCGAUAUUUGGUAUCACCAAGCCAUUGCGGAAGUUGACAGCCACUGCUCACCAGAGCUUAUGGAUGCGGAAGACCCGCUGUUUAUCCUCUAUACCUCUGGUUCCACCGGAAAGCCAAAAGGGGUGCUGCAUACUACCGCUGGCUAUCUGUUGCAGGCGGCGAUGACUCACAAAUACGUAUUUGAUUACAAAGAUGGCGAGGUAUUUUGGUGUACCGCCGAUGUAGGCUGGGUUACCGGCCACAGCUAUAUUAUUUAUGGCCCGUUGUGUAACGGAGCCAUUACCCUAAUGUUUGAAGGUGUGCCGACUUAUCCCGAUGCAUCUCGCUUUUGGCAGGUGAUUGACAAGCAUCAGGUAAACAUCUUUUAUACCGCACCUACAGCGAUUCGCGCACUGCAAGGGGCGGGUGACAGCUUUGUUACAAACACCGACCGCAGUUCACUAAAACUGUUGGGUACAGUGGGCGAGCCUAUCAACCCAGAAGCUUGGGAAUGGUAUUACCGUGUCGUUGGUGAAGAGCGUUGUCCAGUUAUGGAUACUUGGUGGCAAACUGAAACUGGCGGUCAUAUGCUAACGCCGUUACCCGGAGCCAUCGAUCUUAAACCCGGUUCUGCCACUCUGCCAUUUUUUGGCGUAGAGCCAGUGAUUCUGGAUGAGCAGGGCAACGAACUGGAAGGCACUGCGGAAGGAGUACUGGCCAUUAAGCGUUCUUGGCCUAGUCAAAUUCGCACUGUAUAUGGCGACCAUCAGCGUUUGAUUGAUACUUACUUUUCUGCAUUCCCCGGUUAUUACUUUACUGGCGAUGGAGCUCGUCGCGAUGAAGAUGGUUACUACUGGAUAACGGGGCGAGUAGAUGAUGUGCUCAAUGUUUCUGGUCAUCGUAUGGGAACUGCCGAAGUGGAAAGUGCAUUAGUGCUGCACGAUAAUAUUGCCGAAGCUGCGGUGGUGGGCUAUAACCACGAUAUUAAAGGCCAAGGGAUUUACGCCUACGUUACGCUUAUGGCGGGGUUGGAACCGACGGAGGAGCUGCGCAAAGAACUCAUAGCGCUUUGUGCCGCAGAAAUUGGCGGCAUUGCCAAGCCAGACAUUAUUCAGUGGGCUCCCAACUUACCAAAAACUCGUUCGGGUAAAAUUAUGCGCCGCAUUUUGCGCAAAAUUGCUGGUAAUGAAAUCGAUAAUUUAGGGGAUACCUCAACCUUGGCCGACCCAUCGGUAGUAGAGCAGUUGAUCGAAAACAGACACAAUCGCUGA